AAGUAGCCGAUGCCAAAGUCGACAUUCGACCGGCAGCGUUGAAUGAGCAAAAUGGCGGAGGAACUUCGCUCGCCGCGGGAUCGCUCGCCCCGACUGUCGCCGAUCCAGGACCCCGAGUCGGCGAAGAACCUCUGGUACGCCGUCGUCGGGAGGGCUACCAUUACAGCUCUAGCCUACCCCAUCGAGUACGUCAAGUUUCUGGUGCAGAUUGGCCAUGAGCCGUUACCACCCAAGCCUACAAGGCGCCUGUUUGGGAAGCCCGCCUUGGCACUACCGGGAGCUAUUGAAUACAUGAAGUACAUCAAGAAAGUCGACGGCUACUCUGGGCUCUACCGAGGCCUGAGCGUCCGACUGUGUGCCAACGUAGUCAGCGGUGCUGUGUUUGCUGAAGUGAACCGGAGGCUACCUGAAGUGCAGUCAUUCGACGACGAAGAAGACGACGACACUGUGACCGAGGAGCAGCGUAUUGUCAACUUCGUCAAGCGCACGUUGAAGCUCAUGACUGCCAAGUGUGCCGCUCUCUUCGUCUCUCAACCUUUCAACGUGGUUUGCUGUCGGUACAUGGCCCAGUUUGUGGGACGUGAAGAGAAAUAUGUGGGAAUCUUCACUUCUAUUGUGCACAUAUACAGGGAGGAGGGAGUCCCAGGCCUUUUUAGUGGUCUCAUACCUAGGUUGAUUGGUGAGGUCCUGACCAUAUGGUUCGCCAGCACGAUAUCCUUUGUCAUCAAUGCCUACGUCGUGCAGGACAAGACGUUACAAAGCUACGUCAGUGCAACCACUAUGUUCCUAUCAAGUUCCGUCACGUACCCGUUUUCCCUGGUCGGAACGGUGAUGGCCGUUUCUGGAAGCGACCUUGAGGCUGGCAGGCCCCCAAACAUGGCUGUCUACCCAAGCUGGACGGAAUGCUGGCAGCACCUGAGCCGAUUGGGUCAGCUGAAGCGGGGUUCGUCCAUCAUUUGGAGGUACUACCAGGGUUCGUACAUCAUCGACGAAAACGGUGUGCCACGACCGGUCAGCUCGCACAAGCUGCUGGCGUCCCACUGAUGAGCCUCGAACAAGAAGCUUUUACUUUCAGAUGUGGCCGCAGAUUUCACGGAGAAGUUUUACCGAGGCAGGCUAGGAAAUUGUAUUGUCCACUGCCAUCAGUUCGUAGGAUUGUUCUGCAAUACCGGACGCUCCUUCAGAGUGGACACGCACAACUUUCGAGCAUGUGGUGUUGCUCCCAUCGCCGUCUAGUCUCAGCAGAGGGAGCACCUGUUCUGUUACCAAUUAAAGAUUCACCUGUUUCAUUGUUGCACAUCCUUCGAACAAAUGAAAAA